CCGGGCCGGGAUUCUUGGCUGACCUUUCACCUUUUCGCAGUGACAAGAGCCCGGAUGAGUUUGCAGGAUGUCGUUUUGAAAGGAGGUGACCAGGUGAAGAGAUCACCAGGAAGUGAUGCCUAUUGAAAGUGGAAGCAGUGCAGCUGCACGGCAGGUGAAACCGAAACGUAAACCUCACGCUAUCUCUAUUAGAAGGACAAACAGUUCUGAGCAGGAACGUGUCUCAUCACAGCGUGACAUGUUGGAAGGACAGGGAGCGAUGAUGUCGGCUGUCUGUGAGGAAAUCUGUGUGCAGUCAGUGGAGGAUUCCAAAUUGCCACCAUCAAUUCGGCAAACUUUGCUGGAAUUAUUUGGACAGAUUGAGCGAGAAUUUGAAAAUUUGUACAUUGAAAAUUUGGAAUUGCGAAGAGAAAUUGAAACUUUGAAUGAUCGACUGACAGCAGAAGGCCAAACAGUGGAUGGGGGCGAUUUAAGCAAAGGACAGUUGAAGGCAAAAGCCAGCCACAGUACCAGCCAGUUAUCUCAAAAACUGAAAACAACUUACAAGGCCUCUACUAGCAAGAUUGUGUCAAGUUUCAAGACGACAACUUCUAGAGCAGUCUGUCAGCUGGUGAAAGAAUACAUAGGACAUCGAGAUGGGAUUUGGGAUGUCAGUGUUACACGCUUACAGCCUGUGGUGCUGGGCACAGCAUCAGCUGAUCACAGUGCUAUGUUGUGGAGCAUUGAGACAGGAAAGUGCCUCUUGAAAUACGUGGGCCAUGCAGGGUCAGUGAAUUCAAUCAAGUUCCAUCCGUCAGAACAGGUAGCUCUCACAGCAUCUGGAGAUCAGACUGCUCAUAUCUGGCGGUACAUCGUUCAACUGCCCAUCCCACAGCCUGUAAUUGAUUCAAAUCAAAUGUCUGGGGAGGAAGAAGUUGAUUUCUCAGACAAAGAUGAAGCAGAUGGAGAUGUGGAAUGCCCCAAUGAAAGUCCAACAAUCCGAGUUCCAUCAACUACACUCAAGAGUCAUCAGGGUGUGGUCAUAGCUGCUGACUGGUUAGUUGGAGGCAAACAGGUGGUCACAGCAUCCUGGGAUAGAACUGCAAACCUCUAUGAUGUGGAAACAUCAGAGCUGGUUCACUCCUUGACAGGACAUGACCAAGAGUUAACCCAUUGUUGUACUCACUCUACUCAACGCCUUGUGGUAACAUCAUCACGUGACACCACCUUUCGUCUCUGGGAUUUUCGAGACCCUUCAAUACACUCAGUGAAUGUCUUUCAGGGUCACACAGACACUGUAACAUCUGCUGUCUUUACUGUGGGAGAUAAUGUUGUAUCUGGCAGUGAUGACAGAACUGUAAAAGUCUGGGAUCUAAAGAACAUGCGGUCUCCUAUAGCAACAAUUCGUACUGACUCAGCAGUCAACAGGAUAAGUGUUUCUGCUAAUCAGAGGAUUAUAGCACUUCCUCAUGACAAUCGUCAAGUUCGAUUAUUUGAUAUGUCAGGAGUACGUUUAGCACGUCUGCCCCGCAGUAAUCGUCAGGGCCAUCGGCGUAUGGUGUGCUGCACAGCUUGGAGUGAGGACAAUCCUAUAUGCAACCUCUUUUCUUGCGGUUUUGAUCGUCAAGCUAUUGGUUGGAAUAUCAAUAUCCCAGCACUCUUGCAAGAAAAAUAAAAUAGCAACAAGUGUUUCAGAAAUGACUUUAAAUAACUCCAAUCUUUAUAUGCUUAACUAUGUUUCUAUUGCUGUUACUGCUGUGAGUCUUCCAGCUAAGAAGAGAGCAUUGUGCGAUUGGCAUUGAAUGGCUUGACAUGCAUAAUCUGCAUGUAAUGCCUAUGAAACUGUGCUUGGUUCAUAAACCAGUCUCGAAAGCAACCAUGCAUAUAUUAUAAAUAUUUCUUUUGUUUGUAAUUUAUGUGUUCUUCGCUGGUCGUUAGAAUUGGUUGACCUUCUCACAUACAAUGUACAAAUGAAUUGCACAGAAAUUAUAGCUGAAUUCUGUAGCAGUGUGAGCAAGGCAUUUUUGAAUGACUGAAAAAAUGUGAAGUUCUGCCAAGUGUAAAUUGUGUGAAGCAUAUAGUUGUGUUUGUUGUUACCUGAAAAUUCUACAUAUCUUCCUUGUUGCCUUGUAUAAAUGCAGGGUUAGAAUAUAGCAAUUUUGAUGUGAUCUCACACAGUGCGUUUUCUUUUAGCAGUCUCUUUACCUACAAUCUGACUGUACCAAUAGAUUGCAGUGAAUUUGUGAGAUAUGUAUUUAGACCUUUUCCUAAUUUCAGUAAUGUUUGGAGUUCAAAUGUUCAUGUUCGAGUGUAUUACGAGUAGGCAGUUAUAUUCAAUCUGCAGAAUUGUAACCUAAUAUGAUGUAGUUAGUCAUUGAAUAAUCAAUCCUAUGGCCCGACUCCAAUAUGUAUUUCGUCACAAACUAUACUGGAGAAGGAAUGCGAUUUUUUUUCUUUGUGAACGGUUUAUUCUGAACUUUUGUGAUUUAUAAACCAAUAUUAAACGCACUGAUCCCAAGUCCAGCCUUAUUAUAUGCUAUGUGAAAGAGGAGAUACGAUUAGUGUUGUGAUAGCUGGGGUCAGAACAGUCUCUUUAAAGACUCUGAAGAUCAGUAAAAGGCACAUUAUUUGUAUUAGUUGACCCCCAUACAAACCAUUAAAACUAACUUUAUCAGUCAUAUGAGAUUUGGAGCGCUGAUCAUAAUUGCUAGGAUAUUUAAAUAUUCACUAGUCGUUUAAAUUUCAAAUGUAAACUACUUAGAACCAAAUAUGUUUCAGAUUUAAUGUAUAUUUGCAUAGUUUUACAUACAUAAGCACAAUUGUGUUCGAUUUUAAGUGGUUUGGCCUCUAACCAUAUCAAAAGACAAAGCAUUGAGGUGUUAUCCUUUGCCCAGCAUGCUGUCAAUGCAGUAACCCACUUUUGUGAACCAUUUUGUUUCCUUCAUUGGUACCAAGAGUAGCUUGGAAUAAUCAGGUUUUUACUGCCAGGUAUGGAUCUAACUAUAAUUAAUUUUCUUUCAUAAACUCCAAAGAUUAGGGUUCAAAACUGCAGUCUGCAUUUAGCUGCCUAAAUCUGCUAAAAGAUGUAAUUGCACAUUGUGUUUCAGCUGAUGUUGGCUUUAGUGCACUUAAUGGUUUUUCAGUGUCACAGCUAGAGCAAAUAGUACAUUUAUAAUUAAUGCAGGAAACAGUGUUGUUUUUGCAAAGAUUGGACAAUCUUAUUUGAGUUAUUUGGAUUUAUUAUCAGCAAAUGAAUGGUUGAUUUUGAAGUCAGCAGCCCAUAGCUGCCUUCGAACUUCCUGUUGGAUAAAGGAAUAUUGCAGUACGCUGAGUAUGAUUAUGAUACUGUUACAACAUGUGGCACUUUACAAGUAGAGCACUGGGUAUUGUUUAAGCAGCAGAUUGUUCUGACGUAAACUAUAGAGUAUCCUAUGGAAGAAGCAUUACUGGACAAAUUGUUCAAACUUCUUAAAUCGGUUUUGUUUGUUUGUGUGUGAUUUGUAACAGACCCCUGUAUAUUCCAUGGCAACUCAGUAAAAAUGUAGUUACUUCUUUUCAUUAAAGCAUUAAAUAUGUGUAUUAUAAAUUA